AGUAAAACCAGCAGCCCAGACCUAUCAAAUAUGAAGUUCAACUUAUGAUGAGCACACCUUUCAGAGUUAUUAGUUAAAAGUUAAAACCCAUGAACCAUGCAUAACACUGAACAUGAAAUAGUUCAUUAAAGUGCAAAUCUAAAUCCCAAGAAACUCAAUUUCUUGCACUCUUCCUUCCAGGUAAGGAAAAAAAAUUUCAACUAUAAUCCUUCAAUCUGGUUUUACAUAUCAACUGGGUAUUAUUGAUGUAUAAAUCUCUGGAGUUACGAAUCUUCCAAGUGUCAUUUUAUAAGAAAAAUGAAAAUCAUAGGUAACCAUAUCCAUUCAGAGAGCUAUCUGUAAUUCAGACAGCAUUAGCUUUUUAAUCGUGAAUAUUAAAGGCAGACAGACCCCCUUCAAGCAUCAUCUUAUCCUAGCAUCUAAAGGACCAAACAGACAACUUUUAAUACAUGAUCAAGUAUUUUGAAAAUCUAAGUCAAUCCUUCAAAUCGUACACAAUAAUAGCAAACAGUUGUUGAGCUAACAGAAUCAGGAUGGCUUAAACUAAAAAUAAUCAGAAUGACAAGUACAGUAUACGAAAAGGUUGCAAACAAGUUGGCUUGUUGGCCAUUCCUUCUAAAUGAAGCAAUGUUUUGCAAUAGCAUAAAUAUGGCAUAAUGGAGCACAAUCAGAGGGGAUGGUACUAAAAGAACCAACUAUUUUCUAGCAGAAAUUAAAGAGGCAAGUUUAAAGAAGAACACCAUAAUGUAGAAAUCUAAGAAUGAAAAAGAAAACAUCAAAAAGAACAACCUUGGGAUCAAUGUUAGGAUCGCCUCCAGAAUCAACUACACAGCCUUUGACUUUCUCCAACAAAUUAGGCUUAUUAAGCAAAUUAUCAAGAAUGGCACCAUACCUGCUCUCAAAGAGCCAAAAAAGAAGAACUCAAAUUUCAAUAACACAAAACCCAUAACAAUAAAAAGCCAAAAACAUGAAUCACAUUAUACGCACAGCAGAAAGUUAAAUUAGGAACCUACCCAAGCCAACCAGUGUUGCUGAAGGUAUGAAAAAUCAAGAAUCUUUCACGCCCAUCCUUUUCUGAUUCAGACAGCCAAGACGUGAGCUCAUGAGUCAAGCCAGAAAUUCUAUCCUCCAACUUCUUACCCAGAUCAAAAGAAAGCACAUCAUUGAUAGAAGCAACAAAGGUUAUAGCAUGAAUGCCCCUCGAAUUAUACAACUCCACGUACUUCCUCAAAUGUUUCGGCUUAGCUCCAAGCCAUCCCAAUAACACAGCAGUAACAAUUGGCCCUUUCUCGCCUAUAAUCCCAUUUUCCCUCCCGUGAAUUCCAUUCUGAGCAUAGUUCCAUUCGAAAGAUUUCUGCUUUGGGUCAGAAAAAAACCGAGAGAAAUUUGAGCUGAAGAUGAUUUUAUCGAGAUUAAAUCCAGAGAUUGAGACUGGAUUAGAAAACCCAAAUGGGAUUGAGGCCUGAGAGCCGUGAUGAGGAACAUAGGCGUUAGAGCAUAUAAUGGGGUGAUGAUUUUGGCGGUGAAGCAGUGAAGCUGGAGGAAGUGGGGCAGAACGAGGUCGAUAAUUGGGAGACGACAAGAUGGGCGCAAUUUUAAGAGGGUGAAAGCAAGGGGUAAACUGGCGCGCGGAGGAAUUUAGUAAAAUUCGCACCGAGGCUUCCAUCACCACGAGAAAUGGGAAAUGAGUUUAGUGGGGAUCUCAGUAUUUUGCCUAUUUGAUGAACACAGGCGAAAAGAGAUAGCGUACUAAUAAUAUAUGGCGAAUUGGGUCCUUCAUUCUUUUGGUAUAUUACUAUUACCUCCUACUUCUAGUAUUCAUUUUUGGCCAGCACAAUUGAAUUUGUCUCUUUACCGAGCAUAUUUGUUGAUGAAGCAAAGGAAACUUAAAAGGGGGAUUCUUUAUUUCUUUCAUGCUUUUAUUCUUGGAAACUAGGAAGGAGCGUAGAUUUUACCACAUGCUCCUAUUGUCCUAUAUCUUGUAUAGUUUGUGAAUGGUAGUACAUUUUCUUCAUGGUCAAGGACAAUAUUCAGAUAUUAUAACCUUGUUUUACCGGAAAAAUCUUUUAAUACCUUCCUGGAGAAAACAAAAUUGAUUGGCCUUUAAAUGGCCACGGCCCACAACCUAAGAGUGCAACUGCCACCACAGAAAGGUAAAAAACAACAAUACCAACACUAUAUAUCUUCAGAGUUCAAACUGCGGUGUGGAAAUCUCACUUCACAUACUCCUCCGAAGAUUCCCUCUCGUAAUCUCUGUGAAUUUUUUGUCAAAAUUCAACAUUUGCAACUCAAAUUGGUGUGUUCUGUUCUCAUAGUUCUUAAAGCUUGCCCCUUUGUGGCCUUGAGAUGGAGCUGAUGUCCGGUUCUUGUGCUAAUUUGUCAGAUUGUGGGAGGGCAGAGCUCUUCAACCUCAAACCUCGUAGCCAAUUGACAGCCCCAGUUAAACUUGGGUUUCAUCAUUAUUACAAGAGCAAGUGUGAAUUAAGUCGGAGAAGUUUUGCGUUCAAGGGAAUUGUGGCUGCUGGAGCUUCAGCGGUUGCACCUUCUGUAAUGCCUAAACCUUCGCAAGGUCUUGAAAGACUUCCUUUUAAGCCGGAGGGCUACAACUAUUGGACGUGGCGAGGGAGAAAGAUACAUUAUGUUGUGGAAGGAGAAGGGUUCCCAAUUGUUCUAAUUCAUGGAUUUGGUGCUUCUGCAUUUCAUUGGAGGUAUAACAUACCUGAGUUGUCUAAAAAGUACAAAGUGUAUGCCCUGGAUUUACUGGGCUUUGGCUGGAGCGAGAAGGCAAUUAUUGAUUACGAUGCCUUGGUUUGGAGGGAUCAGGUUGUAGAUUUUAUGAAGGAGGUUGUCAAAGAACCUGCAAUUCUAGUUGGUAACAGUCUUGGAGGUUUUACUGCUCUAGUGGCAGCAGUGUCAUUGCAAGAGCAAGUCAGAGGAGUUACAUUACUGAACUCAGCAGGACAGUUUGGGGAUGCCAUAUCGGACAACAAUGAAUCUGAGGAAACAGCUUUGCAGAAAUUUUUUCUAAAGCCUUUAAAAGAAAUCUUCCAGCGUGUAUUUCUUGGAUUUUUGUUCUGGCAAGCCAAGCAACCAGCUCGGAUUGAAUCAGUCUUGAAGAGCGUUUACAAAGAUGCUUCAAACGUAGACGACUAUCUCAUUGAUUCAAUUACGAGGCCAGCAGCUGAUCCUAACGCUGGUGAAGUUUACUACAGACUAAUGACAAGAUUCAUGUCAAACCAGAGGAAGUAUACACUAGACAGCGUCUUAAACCAGCUGUCAUGCCCACUUCUUCUGAUAUGGGGUGAUUUAGAUCCAUGGGUUGGUCCUGUCAAGGCAAUUCGCAUCAAGGAGUUCUAUCCGAAUACUACUCUUGUUAACUUACAAGCGGGGCAUUGUCCCCAUGAUGAAGUUCCUGAGCUUGUCAAUAAGGCUUUAUCGGAGUGGGUAUCGAGUUUGACGUCUACAACUCCUGAGACGGCAUGAACUUGCUCUGUCUUAACACAAUGCAGCAAGAGAGCACUAGUAACAUUGGAUGUGUUUGGUGUAUUUUAAAAGAAACUGGAAACCCAACUCCAGCUGUCUCAAAAGGUCUAUGUCGGUCAUGGGAUGGAUUAUGGAGGGUACAAGAGAUUGAUGCUGAUGCGAAAUCCACAAAGGUGAUCAAUAGCUGUAUCUGAAUCUUGAAGGUAAAUAUGGCCUUCAGAAGCUUCUAGUGUGAAUCAUGGAUUCAUUGAUUGUUGAGCAGAUAUUGGAAAUCUAUUGUAAGAAAAGAUAAAAUUAGAGUUAUUGAAACGUAUAUACGAAUUUAGUGACUACACUGUUAUCGACUAUUGCAGAGAUUGAUACUUUCACACAUAAUUUUGUCAUUUAUUGGAAUACAUGGUUCAAUUGAAGGUAUAUUACUGUAUUUUGGUGGCUUAAAUCCUUUUCAAGCUGUACUCUCCUUGGCCUAAUCAGAGCAGGGAGACAGCCCAUCACUGUCUUCGAAUCCUAUGAGAGUUCUUAAGUUCAACUGGUCACAAGACUCAACAGUUUCGCCAUCUAUUGCUUAGUCAAAUAGCUCUUGACGCAUGGAGAAAGCAUCUUUCAACUGGAUCUGCAAUUGGUAAGUUCAGAGAACUUGUUUGUCCGCUUGGGAAGACAGCUGGAAGAUCAUUGUUUUCUAAGAUGGUUUCUAAGAAUAGUACAAACUCUGAUGCUUUUGAACUUUGUUUUUUUUUUAAACGGUACCUUGUAUUAAUACCUAAAUUGUAGUUUGGAACAAUGGAGUUGGCCAUUCAUUGGAACUUGAAAUUUUUUUCUAAAAU